AAACAAAACAAAAAAAAAACGAAAUAUGUGCGAUAUUUGAACGACGGAUGAAAAUGUGAAUUUUCGCAAUGGAUUUCAAAUUGAAUGGGUGGCAUUGAGAACGUCGUUUGAAAUCGAAUCAGCUUUUGGACCGUAAAGUUCACAAUCCUAUUGUUUCGAUUCACAAUGAAUAGCUGGUCGUCGUCGCCCGUUUGGCUCGUCUUCAUCAUCAUCGGUUUCGGUUGGCAGUGGAUGAUCGAAGCGCACAAGGGACGGCAUCACAACUCGAAAGGGACGGCAGCAGCGGCGGCCACUUUGCUCGGCCAUUGGGAUGCUAAUAACGUUGCGGACAAGAGCAACGGCAGCAGCGAAUCGGCCGGACAUCAAAGAGCGCCCCUCUUUGACUGGGAAUCGAGUACGUCGCCCAGCUGGUCGGCCGCGUUGGACUCGUUGCGUAUGGAACACGUCGAACGCGCACCCCAACGCGUUCAAGAAGUGACCACCACUUUAGGCCAAACGGCUUUCCUUCACUGUCGGGUUCGUUACCUGGCCGACAGGAGGGUACUAUGGAUGAGGCAGAGAGAUUUGCAUAUACUGACGUCUGGACUUCACACCUACACCAACGAUUGGCGAAUUUCGGCCGUUCACGUGACGGUCCGUCAGCCACCGAAUGCCGGCCCGGCCGUUCCGUCUAAUCCAGACGAUUUCUCUUCACCAUUUCCGCUGGUGGCCAACGGCAACGCGCCAAUCAGAUCGCCCGCGUCUCGAAACGCUUCUUCAGAUUCUUCUUCAUCCGUGUGGGACGACGAGGAAGGCGUCUGGAGUGAAUGGACUCUGAGGAUCCGCUCGACAGAGGCCAAAGAUGCCGGCCUUUACGAAUGUCAAGUGAGCACUGAGCCGAAAAUCUCCAAGAUCUACCGACUUCAUGUUGUCGUUUCGAAAGCGUCGAUUCUCGGCAGCGCCGAACUGUUUGUCAAAAAGGGCAGCGACAUCAAUUUGACUUGCGUCACGGUGACUGAGGAACACCAACCGCCAUCGCAAAAUGCGCCGGUGGGCGUCAACAAGACGCCGCACUAUUUCACGUGGCACCACAACGAACAGGUUUUGAAUUAUUCGGCACGAGGUGGAAUGAGCGUCACGACAGACACGAUCGGCGGCCAAAGUCGCCUCCUCUUAGCCAGGGCCGACCCCCGUGAUUCUGGCAAUUACACUUGCGUGCCCGGCCCUGGAGCCACUGCAGCUUCCGUCACCGUCCACGUCCUCAACGGUGAACAGCCGGCGGCAAUGCAGAGGGAUAAUGCUGCAUGCCUUGUGACACCUUGGUGGACAUCGCUGCCGGGCAUAGUUACCCGUGCGUCUACCGCCUCUUGCUGGACGGCUCUGCUCACGCUGGCCGUUUCGUCGUCUUGGUUAACUCGAUCUCAACUCUGUGAUGUCACUUGACAACCGUCGCCGUCUCCAACCUAAAAAAAAAAAAAAAAUCGAGGAGUUUAAUCAACUCUUGUUUUUUGUAACAAAAUUGAACAUUUUUUUCCCUCUCUUUUGCGCAUAUUCGUUUUCAAUGUU